AUUCAAAACCCUAUUUAUAAAAGAACCCUGAUUUCAAUUUGAAGUAGAAUUAAGGCAACAAAAAGGAAACGGAAAGAGAUUUGAAGUUCGUACUAUAUUUAUUCCCUCCAUAUCUGAAUUGCAAAUUCCGUCGUUCUCGUCUGCAGGUUUUCUUGUUUUGCAUUAAUUUGGGGAAAAAAUGAGCGGUACCGGGGAGAAGCUGUCGGGCACUAAAACUCCUGCAGAUUUUCUGAAAUCUAUACGUGGCCGACCUGUGGUUGUCAAAUUGAACUCCGGUGUCGAUUACAGAGGUAUCCUUGCUUGUCUGGAUGGAUACAUGAAUAUUGCAAUGGAACAAACAGAGGAGUACGUGAAUGGCCAGCUUAAGAACAAAUAUGGAGAUGCCUUCAUUCGUGGAAAUAAUGUACUCUACAUCAGCACAUCGAAGGGAACCUUGGCUGAAGGAGCUUAGCAUUGUGAUCUGUCGCUAUAGUGACUGUGACUUGCCCACAAAAGUUCCUACAAAUUGCUGCAGCAUCUGUAAUAUGUAAACAUAACUUUAAUUUCCCCUUCUCUUCAGACGUGGUGGAUGUGGUUGAAUCUGUUUGCUUAAUUUGAAAUGUAGAAUGAUCCUGAUUAUUCCAAGGUAA